AUGUCGCAUCCAUCGACAACAGAUUUUGAUAAAUAUGGAGGAACGUUUAAGGUGACAGCCACAAACACAAUCAAGAGAACUUCGAACGAAAGCCACGAUGAUGAAAAUAAGAAACUGCGAUUGGAAAAGAGUGGGAGUAGUAAUAUCCUGGCAACAUCAGUAAGUGCCUCCCAGCAAAGUACAAACAAUAUUAUAACCAUCGGGUGUGGACCGGAUUCGGUGACAAAAAAACUAAAAACCAGAAAAUUAAUCAGCGGCGAUGGCAAUACCACUUCUCAGCACCACCAGUAUCAAUUAAUUGUUGAGGAUAGCGUAGGUGCUGGUGCAUUCAGCGAAGAGAGCUGUGGCGGUACAGAUAGCACAGCGAAAGUGUAUUCUACUUCUGGCAGUGGCGAGGAUAUGCUACUUAUACGCAAACAAGCUCCAACAACGGCCAAAGUAAAUGAAAGUAGUGAUGUGGGUGUGGAAGAGCGGGUCGUGCAUAUAGAAGGCGAUCCAGGUGGAACGGCCAGUUCCACAUAUAUAGCGGGUAUCAGUGGCAAACAAACACCAAAACGGCUGCAAAUUGGUAUUGCUGAUGCCCCGAAGAAGAGUUUUGGAGAUGGCAUAGACUUGAAAUUAAUCACCACUAAUAGCGAUGUACCAGGAUCCGGUAAGAUCCAAAUGCUGUCUGGGGGCGACAAGAAGACGGAACAACUAUUACUAUCCGUAUCCAGUACAUCUAGUAGUCCACAAAAUACAUUUACAUAUAGCCGGGUGUGCUCUGUUAGUAAUGUAACUGGUCCCACUGGCGAAAGCAUGAAUCUGAAAAAUCUUCAGGGUGCAACAGUAAAAAAUCAGUCAUUGGUGGUUUCGUCGAAAAAACUCUUGCCAGAAGUUACACAGACCACAGCCAAAGUAUCCAUUGGCAAUACGACGAUAUCUGUGCCUUUACUUAAGCCUCUUAGCACAUCACAAAUAAUUCAUCAGGGUGGAGUAAACACGUCGACCCAGAGUGGACCCACAGAAAGUUCUAAAAGUGUAAUUCACACCAUCCAGACUAGCUCUGGGCAAUCGCCGCAAGCACAGCUCAGUAAAUUUCUUAACAUAAAGAGGGGACAAAAGGGCAAUCAGCCAACGUACGUGUCAUUAUCACAACUUCAGAUCAAGCCGGUCUCCUCUGCGAAAAUUGUCCAAGCCAAGGUUGUAAGUAAGAAGAUCCCUCUACAAUUUCAAACGGUACAACAUAACAAGUCGACUUUGUUACAACAAACGUCGGGCGUCGUCACGAUUACAUCCAACAAAACCGAUUUACAACAGAUUCAACAGCAGUCAUCGUCAAUACUGCAGGGUCAGUCGCCUUCGCCACACAAAAAGCAACAACAUACGCUUGUUAAGGAGCUGACUCCCGUAUCCAUUAUAAAGUCCACAACGUCAAAUUCGAGUACCGAAGACGCUGUAACGUCUCAAACGUCUGCGGUGUCUGCAGCCUCUAACACAACAGACCAGACAACAACCGUAAUUACAGAAAAAUCGCAGCAAUUAAAGAGUUCUUCAUCCAGUACUGAUAACAGUGGGCAAACUUUUAUUUCGUCGGAUUUUCUACCGGUAGGUGUCAAGGUUGUCCAUGCGUCUACUACAGGCAAUUUAAAUAGCGGACUUAGGCCUUCUGCAGGUGGUCACGACGUCGUCGAUCAAACCCAAUCUCAGUCGUCACAGACCACGCAAAGAAUAAAUAUUGGUCCCACAAUAAGUAUUGUAAGACAGAAUUCGCCACAGCUUGUAACAACUUCGGGAAAUUUGUCGACUAUGUCUUUGAGCAUGGCCGAUGCGGCAAGUGGGCAACAGAAGUUAAUAUUGACGAAAUCGCAAUUCGCAAAUAUGAACUCGUCUAAUAUUAAUACAACGGCCACGUCGGUGGGUGGGAAUACAGUGUCUUCAAAUUUCCCUCGAAAUAUCUCGUUAAUGUUGACAAAGACCUCAACGGGUCAACAGGUAUUUACAAACGCUGGUGCUAAAACAACACUUUGCGUAACUACAUCCACAAAUAAUCCCAACAAGCCAAAUACACCGACAAGAAUGAAUCUGGGAGUGAAUACCAGCCUGUCAAGCACCACAUCCAGUUCAUCGAUAUCGACAAUAAGUGUAUCUUCGUCUACAGUUUCACAAAACGAUAGAGAUAGCGCGAGUGCAAAUGAUGUUGUACCGAGUGUUCAAGAAUGCUCAAAUGUCCAGCAUGGAACACAGAUGCAGUCCACCCAACAAAUUCCUACAAAUGUUGUUCAGAAUCGUAAAAUAAUACAAGUUCUGCCAGGAGGCUUGUACAGCAGCAGUGGCGGAAGCUUUGUUCAAAUUUCUAAAUCGAAAAUGGAAAGCGACGAAGAAAAGAAGAAGAGUGGAGAUUUAGAACAAUGCCAUUCAUCUGCCAAUCAGCAUUCUCUUCAACAGCAAUUGUUAACAGUUCAACAGCAGCAGCAACAUCAACAACAACAGAUUAAUCUUCAGAUUCAGCAGCAGCACCAGCAACCACAUCAUCAAACGCAACAGCAGGUCCAAACCCAGUCUCAGACCCAAAUUUCUCAGUCGCAACAACAUAGACAACAAUUAUUGCAGAGGCAUCAAUUGUUGCACAAACAACAAAUGCAGCAGCAAUUACAGAAGCAACAACAGCUUCAACAGCAACAAAUUCAACAUCAAAUACAGCAACAGACCUCAUCGCAAAAUCUGGACCCUUCUCCAACUGAACCAAACCAAACACAAACAUCGUAUACCGCGUCGAAUGUCCAACAAUCACAUAUAAUCACGCCAUCGCAAGCGCCAAAAAGCGAAGAUAGCAAUAACGUUCUGUUAAAACAACUGCUGCAAAAUUCCAAUAGCACACCUCUCAACAACCAAAGUAACAACCAACACGCACGUUCAAAUUCGGUUGCAACUCCCACAACUGUUUUACCUGGACGUAAAGUUAUUAACGUUAGAGCCCCAAGUUUGGGACUUGUCAGUUCAUUAGAAGCGCAGUUAGCGAGACCUGUUAUACCUCCGGUGCCUGCUAGUGAAUCCAGUGUACAUUCUACGGUCGUCCCGACUCCCAUGUCAAUAGCGACGACUACACAGACUUCAAUUUCGAAAUCUGUCAUAGAUCACACAAAGAUUUCUUCACCACAUGUCGUUCAUUCGUCAGUAUCCUCUUCUAGCUCCACCACCACGAAUCCAUCACUAAUCAUAUCAUGUUCAAAGACAUUGUCUCAGACCCAAUCGGAGUCCAAACCCAAAUUCAGUUCAUCCCCUUUAAUUUCGAAAGAAACAUCAUUUGUGUCCAAGCCCUCGUUGCCGGACACGUCAAGUGAUCAAAACAUUGAAAUAUUUUCUUUGCAAACGACGACCGGAGAAUCUGCAGGAAAGGCUAGUGGCGAUACACCACAACGGCAUCCAAUGUCCUUUGAUCAGACAACAUUCAAAGCAUGUCACAGUUCGCCACAGAACACAACAACUAACAAAAUUACCAAAUACAUACAAGAAAUAAAGAAGACCGGCGAUCAGCAGCAGCAUCAUCAACAACAACAGCAGGCUGUAUCGGUACUCAAAACUUACGGAAGUGGUUCCAACAACAAGGAAAAAACUAGUGGUAAUAUCAACUUUAGUACCCAGUCGACUACCAAUGUAAACCAAGGGGGCCUAAGUGCAAAUACGUCACAACAAAUAAUAUCCGGAUUGCAGCAAACUAAUAAAAUUGUUCAAAAUCAAGGCGACAGCAACAUGCUGGACAAAAAUAUCGAUCAACCCUUACAGCAAUUGCAGUCAAAACAACCACAAGUUAGCAAUCAAGUUCUUGUCCAAUCUCAAAAUGUGCAGCAACAAGACUCCACGAAAUUGGGUACCUCCACGACAAAUACGGAAUCUGAGGAUCAAAACUCAAUUAUACAACAGUAUACGAUGCAUACCCAAAACACCGGUCAAAUGCCACAACACGCACAUCAAACGCAGCAGCAGCAAAACACCACGCCAAGUCCCAUGUCGACUACACCCUCAAAUUCAGUGGCAUCCACUCCGACAGGGGAAUAUCAACCUCCCAUAAACAUUAUUAAUAAACAACAGCUACUGCUUCAGCAGCACGCUCAAGCACAGGCGCAAUCUCAUAGUCCGAUGUCAGCGACAUCAGGUUCAAGUCCAGUCACUAAGGACAACGACAAUCGCAAGAAAAGAAAACGCGAACAACAAAAACAACGUAAGCAAUUGUCCACUUCAAAUGCCAAAGAAACGACCACCACCGGCAACCCUGCAGCUAAUGCCUCAAUCAGUGCCGCUGGAUCAAAUGCUGCCAAACAGAAGCGUUCGCGAAAAUCUCUCAAGAUGGAAGAGGACUAUGACUCCUUUAUAGAAAAUUUGAUGCUACAUUUACGUCAGAUGCCACCAAUGCAGGUCUUGGAACCUCAACUUAAUGUAAAUUAUGGUGUGUGCAAUAUGUUCGGGUGGCGAAACUGCCCUAGUUCGAGCACUUCCCCCCAAAAGGAAAGCAGACAGAGUGAGCGUGGUAACCUUUUCGAACAGGAAUUGGAAGGUGAAUUUGGUGCAGCCUACAUACCUAACAAAGUGCCUUUUUAUGAUUUGAACAAAUUUCGUGGACGUAAGACAAGCGAUGAUGCCAAUACAUCCUCCUCCAUACAAAACAAUUACUACGAUCAGGAAUUCUCUUCAUUCACGUAUAAAUCGGAGCCGGACAAACUGAACAGUUGGGUAAAAGUAUACCGCGAACGUGCUGUGGACACACCAGAAAUCAUUAGCAAUAAACAUCUUAUGCCCGUUGAUCCCGUUAAAACAAUUCGUCUCAAUAUGUUGCAGCAGGAAACAUUUCCUGGUUUGAUUUUAAUGAGCAGCUCCCAACAGCGCAUGGGUCGCAUGUCCCCAGUCAUACCGGUGGUCAAUUCGAUGGCGCUAAUUACCAAACGAAAAAAGACACCACUGAAACCACUUGAAAAUGACGCCGACAGUGGAAUGUAUAUAAAAGACUUUCCCGACGAAAUGGACCACAAGGGCUUGGGUUUGAAAAAUAACGAAAACAGCCAAAAUGUAAUUCUGUCAUUGCCGACUUCAUCUACCGAGCGUCUGUUAGAUGUGCUCAAGAAUUUGGCAAAUCUUCUUCAAAUCAACACGCCCAUACCGUACAAAUUGGUUGAAGAAGGAGGAGAUUUGGAGUUCGAAGAUAAGUCGUCCUCGCUAUCGGCUCGUGAUCGUGAAAUUGCUCUUAGGAAUCUACACAUUCAAGAAAUACUAAAUGGCCGUUACAAAAUGUGUAGGCAGUGUGGCAGCGCUAUUAAGGGACGAUGCUUGAAAAACAACAACGAUAACACGAAGAGCUCCUUGCAUGCCAAGUUGUUACAUCCGACACAGCCCCGUUAUUUCUGCAAUAAAGUUUGUUUCGUACAGUUCCGGCUCAGCCAAAAGAAGCAUUUAAGCUCAACAUCGUUAAGACCGGACUUGGCGCCACAAGAGGAGCCUAAUUUCGACAGUGACCUAAUGGACGAUUUGCUGGAUAUUAAGCCUGAUGUUUCACGUAUGUUGGAUGAGAAAAAAGACGUUGUCGCUGAGGAUCCCAAAGCAGUUGCUGAACCUGAGACAAAACCCAACAAAAUAUCGUUUCGUUACUACAGUGCGAAGUGUUUUCAACCUGCAACCCCCGUCAAACGUAUGUCUGAAAGAGAUAUACGUGACAUGCUUUUCAAAAUGAACAUUACAAUGUCCGCGACCGGGGCAAGCGAACCUGGUGGUCACCAACAGCCCAUUGAAGAUCGGCGAUCCUGUGUGUUGUGUUCCCAAAUUGGCGACGGAGUAGCUGAUGGCCCAUCCCGUCUUUUAAAUUACGAUGUCGACAAAUGGGUUCAUUUGAAUUGUGCUUUAUGGUCUACGGAGGUGUAUGAAACAAUCAGUGGCGGCCUAAUGAACUUUAACACAGCUUUGCAAAUUGGCUUGAAUCAAUCCUGUAAUACCUGCCAGCAAUUGGGAGCCACAGUAAAGUGCUAUAAGACGCGAUGCGGGGCCGUGUUUCAUUUGCCUUGUGCCAUACGUGACCAGUGUGUGUUCUAUCAAAACAAAACGAUCCAUUGCCAAGCACAUGCUUCCCGCAACGACAAGGACAAAGAGUUGCCGACAUUAUCAGUGCCCCGACGCGUAUUUGUGGACCGCGACGAAAACCGCCAAGUCGCUGCCAUUAUGCACCAUUCCGAAAUGGUGAAUCUGUUGCGGGUGGGUAGUCUUAUUUUCUUGAAUGUAGGCCAACUAUUGCCCCAUCAACUGGAGGCGUUCCACACACCGAACUGUAUAUACCCAAUCGGCUUUAAGAUCAUUCGUUUUUAUUGGUCCAUGCGCCGUCCGAACAAACGAUGUCGUUACAUCUGCUCCAUAGCGGAAGUUUCUGGAAGACCUGAAUUUCGAAUUCUCAUUCAAGAGCCUGCCGAAGAGGAUAUUGAAUUUCGCGACGUUUCCCCCAAGGCGGUGUGGCAGCAUGUUUUACAAUCCAUUGCCGAAAUGCGCAGAUCUCACAACUUAGUCAAACUUUAUCCGGAAUUCGUAAGUGGCGAAGAUCUAUUUGGUCUUACAGAACCGGCGAUAGUGCGUAUAAUUGAAAGUCUUCCUGGUGUUGAGACCCUGACCAACUACCGUUUCAAAUAUGGUCGCAAUCCCCUGUUGGACUUGCCACUUGCCUUAAAUCCUUCGGGGGCUGCUCGAACAGAACCAAAGCUUAGACAACUAAUGGGCUGGAAGAAGCAUCAUCCCCAAAGAACAUGUAGCUCCAUCAGCUCAUUGGGGGGCCACCAAGCAGCUCUGCCGUCAACCGCAGCAGCUGGCGAGGUUACAUGCCCCUACAGCAAGCAGUUUGUUCACUCGAAAAGUUCCCAAUACAAGAAAAUGAAGCAGGAAUGGCGAAAUAACGUGUAUCUUGCCAGGUCGAAAAUUGCAGGGCUGGGUCUGUAUGCUGCCCGUGAUAUGGAAAAACAUACAAUGAUCAUCGAAUACAUCGGAGAAGUUAUACGUUCAGAAGUUUCAGAAAUUCGCGAAAAACAAUACGAAGCAAGGAACCGCGGCAUUUACAUGUUUCGCUUGGACGAAGAUCGCGUUGUUGAUGCGACUUUGUGUGGUGGUUUAGCCCGUUAUAUAAAUCAUUCGUGCAAUCCCAACUGUGUUACAGAAAUUGUAGAAGUCGAUCGGGAGUUACGCAUUAUUAUAUUCGCCAAGCGUAGAAUAAACCGCAGUGAAGAACUUUCAUAUGACUACAAAUUCGACAUAGAGGAUGACGGUAGCAAGAUACCGUGUAUGUGUGGUGCCCCCAAUUGUCGCAAAUGGAUGAACUAAGUGU